AUGGACUCGCUACAGAAGCAGGACCUUCGAAGACCCAAGAUCCACGGGGCCGCAGCACGGACACUCCCCUACCAGCCCCCCACACUGGCCUCACUGCAGCGUCUGCUGUGGGUCCGGAGGGCCACCUCAUUGAGUCACAUCAAUGAAGUGUGGCCCAAGCUCUUCCUGGGAGAUGCGUAUGUGGCACGAGACAAGGGCAAGCUGGCACAGCUGGGCAUCACCCACGUGGUGAACGUGGCUGCGGGCAAGUUCCAGGUGGAUACGGGUGCCAAAUUCUACCGUGGGAUGGCCCUGGAGUACUACGGCAUUGAGGCGGAGGACAGUCCGUUCUACGACCUCAGCGUGCACUUCCUGCCCGUGGCCCGGUACAUCAAGGCUGCUCUCAGUGCUCCCCAUGGACGGGUGCUGGUCCACUGUGCUAUGGGCGUGAGCCGCUCGGCCACCCUGGUGCUGGCCUUCCUCAUGAUCUGUGAGAACAUGACACUGGUGGAGGCCAUCCAGACGGUGCAGGCCCACCGGGAGAUCUGCCCCAAUUCUGGCUUCCUGCGGCAGCUCCAAGUUCUCGACAAUCAGCUGGGGCAGGAGACAGGGCGGCUCUGA